AUGCCAAAAGACACAAAUGAAAGAGAACCAAGGACUCGUUCCAUUGGAAAUGUUGCAAGAAGUUAUCGUGGUGCGUCUAGGUCGAGAUCGCAGUCUGGGAAUAAGUCUAGACGGGAUUCAUUAACUAUUCUAAGUGGGCCUACGCGUUCUAUUCGUACCAUCAAUAUUGAGUCGGAUGAUGACUAUUCUUCGACUGCUUCGCCGUCGACGUAUUCGAAUCAUAGUGAUAACGAAACAGAGAAUCCUGAUUCUAGGGAUUCGAUGGGGUCUCUCUCGUCAAAGUUACAGUAUUUGAAGUUACAAGGAGAUUCUGGCAGUUCCGGUGCCAGUGAAGCACUUGAGGUACCGUUCGUUAAAGUCACAUUAGAUCCUACACUACCAAGAGACUACUUAAAGAAAGAUAUCUUAACGAUUAUUGAUUCGUUGAGAAUCCCGAAAUGGCAUCUGAGAGGUUCUUUGGGUAAAAAUACCAUUGAUGUUGAUAAUUUGAAGUUGACGCAAAUUACCGGUGCUAUGACAAAUAUGAUUUUUAAAGUAGCAUACCCAAGAUUACCGUCAUUAUUGCUUCGCGUAUACGGUAGUAACAACGAUACAAUUAUAGAUAGGGAGUAUGAAUUGCAAAAACUCGCCAGAUUAUCUCAACACCAUAUCGGGCCUUCAUUAUAUGGUUGUUUUGAAAAUGGCAGAUUUGAACAGUUCCUGGAAAAUUCACAGACUUUAAAGAAGAACGAUGUGAGAAGUUGGAGGAUCUCUCAAAGAAUUGCACGUAGAAUGAAGGAAUUACACACCGGUGUACCUCUAUUAAGAUCGGAAAGAGGUAGCAGACCUGUAUCUUUAAAGUUGAUUGACAAAUGGAUCAGUGUUAUUGAAGAUGUUGGAGCAACAUGGUUAACAGAAAAAUCAAAUGUCACAGAUAUUAUCCAAGCAAAGGAUUGGGAUACGUUUAAAAAGGUAGUUUCACGUUACGAGAUGUGGUUGUUAGAUCCAAAUUAUAGUAAGACUUCUGAAAAAUUGGUCUUCUGCCAUAACGACACCCAAUAUGGUAACUUGUUAUUUAGUUCUCCAAUGUGCGAAACACCAGAUAGCGGAGAUUACACACCUGUUGCACAAAAUUCUUCAUCUUCAAUAAGUUCUUUAUUCCCUUCAGCAUCUAAUAUAUCACUACAUGAAAUAAUUAAUCCUUCGAAAGAAGAUAAAAUUGAAGAUAAUAAACUUAUUGUCAUUGAUUUUGAGUAUGCAGGUGCCAAUCCUGCGGCUUUCGAUUUAGCUAACCAUUUAAGUGAAUGGAUGCAUAAUUAUAACUGUGACACACCACAUAAAUGUGAACCUCAAGAAUAUCCAUCCAAGGAGCAAGUUUUAAAUUUUUUAUAUUCUUACGUAUCACAUCUAAGAGGUGGUGCCAAAACUUCAAUUGACGAAGAUGUGAAGAACCUGUACAAUUCAAUUAUCAGGUGGCGAGCAGCAGCACAAUUAUUUUGGAGUAUUUGGGCUGUCAUCCAGAGUGGCAAAUUGGUCAAAGAAAAUACGACUAUAGUAAAUAAAGAAGAAAUUGGUCCAGGGGGAGAAAAAUAUAUUAUUAAAACAGAAGAAUUAGAUGAUGGACUUGUAAAAGAAGAAUCUAUUCAAAGUGAAGAAAUUGAGAGUCUAACAGGUGUUGAUAUUGGAAGUUUUGAUUAUCUCAGUUUCUGCAGACAUAAAAUAGCAUUAUUCUGGAGUGACAUGAUUCAAUUAGGUUUAGCUAACAAAGAAGAUUGCACCAUUCAAGAAGCUAUAUCUUUAGAUACUAAAUUUUUAUAG